GCCGCGGCCUACGAUGGGCUCUACCGCCUCUUACCCGUUGCGGCGGCGGCGGCGGCGCCCCCGGCGGGUCCGGCGGUGGCGCCGGCGACGGGGGUGGGACUCGCUUCGUUCUACGGGGCCAUGGGAGGGAACUCGGCUGGGGCGCACGGUGCGGUCGGUUCAAAUAGGAGGAAAAAAAUCAAGCCCGGUAAGGCAACAGUUGCAGAUUUGGAGCUAAAGAAGCAGAAGGUUAUCCAAGGAGGUGCUGCAGUUACUUCUGUUAAAGUUUGUACCGUAUGUAACGUCGUCUGCAAUAGUGAGACAGUUUUUGCUUCGCAUGUUGCUGGGGCAAAGCAUGUUUUGAAGGUCCUAGGGAAACCUUCAGUAGGCGCGGCCCCGACAGUCCAUAACCUUUUAAAACCCACUUAUGUCGUUAAAAAGGUGAAAAAUCCAGUAGCUAAAAGCUUAAAGAAGAAAUUGAAGGAUAUUACCCAGGUUCUUCAGCCGAUCUAUUGUGAUGUUUGUAAGCUUUAUUGUAACAGCCAAGAAGUUUAUAAUAGCCACAAAAUGGGGAAAAAGCACAAGAAAAACGUAGAGAAACUAAACCAAUUGAUGGCGCCUAAGCCCUCAAAUGCUGACACAUCUGCCGCCAAUAAAGGAAAUGAGGCGAACGAUGAGGCGAAGAGAAAAGCUAAGGAGGAGGAUUUGGAAGCCAAGAAAAGGAAGAUUCUGGUAGGAGGGGCUGCUACUGAUUUGGUCAAGGUCUGCACUCUUUGCAAUGUUGUUUGUAAUAGCCAAGGCGUGUUUGACUUCCAUAUCGCGGGAAAGAAGCACGCUGCGAUGUUAAAGAAGCAACAGCAGAGAACGACUAGCUGAAUAAGUCAGGUGUGGAUGGUAAUGUGAGUUGCUUCGUGGCUCUGGAUUUUUUUUUUUUUUUAACUGUUUCCGGUUUAAUUAUUCGCGUGCCAGGCUUAAACAAUUACGCUUUUAUUCAGCAUUGGAUUAUAGAAUUUCCCUUUGUCGUGUCGGAAGAUGCAUAAUUUAUUUAAUUUUACGUCAGGGGAUUGUUAAAAUUUAGCGGUGCUUGUCUAAAAUUUCUGAGUUUUAAAACCGUUUGUCUUUUAGGUUUUCAGUGUAAUAUUCGCCGCUUAAUCGACUGAAAUUAGCUCAUCCGUAACGCGUCUUUGGGAAACUAUUUUCACAUCUUUCCUGAUUCCUGUGAACAAGUGAUUCUUUGAGGCAUCAGCUGUUACCUUUUUCA